AUGGAUAUUCCUUGGUGCACUAUUGGUGAUUUCAAUGUUAUCACAUCCAUGGAGGAGAAGUUUGGGGGAAUUCCUUACAAUAUGAACAAGACUUUUGAGUUUAUAAGUGUGAUAGAAGCUUGUGGUUUGAUUGACCUUGGGUAUACUGGAAAUCCUUUUACUUGGUGUAACCAAAUGGCUGCACAGGCUAGAGUUUGGAAAAGGCUGGAUAGAUCCAUGGUUAAUGAUAAAUGGCUAGAGGUUAUGCCCCAAACUACAGUUGAACACCUUCCUUCUGUUGGUUCUGAUCACAGUCCCCUCUUGAUGGAAAUGGUGAAUGGCAACCCUAUGUGGAAAUGGCAUCAAAAAAUGAAAAACCUUAUCCCUACUCUUAGCGUAUGGUCUAAGAAGGAAUAUGGGGACAUCUAUGCUAAGGUGAAAGAGCAUGAACACUUGAUCAAAGUAGCUGAGGAAGAGCUUCAAUGGUUCAAAGAGGGGGAUGCUAAUACCAAGUAUUUCCAUGCCCUUAUGAGAGGAAGAAGGAGAAGGUUACUCAUCCACAAAAUCUGUAACAAUGAAGGGGAAUGGAUUCAAGGGGACAAUAACAUAGCAAAUGCAGCCUGUGAUCAUUUUCAAAAAAUAUUCACAGGCCAGGAGAACAGAAUUGAUGAAAGAAUUCUCCAAUAUCUCCCUACACUUGUUACUCCUGAACACAAUCGAAGUUUGCAGGAAAUACCCAGCAUGGAAGAACUGAGACAUGUAGUUUUCUCUAUGAAUCCCAAUUCAGCACCUGGUCCUGAUGGCAUGGGAGGGAAAUUUUAUCAAGUAUGCUGGGAGAUUAUUAAAGAAGAUCUGCUUAGUGCUAUCCAAGUUUUUUUCAAUGGUCAGACUAUGCCAAAGUUCAUGUCUCAUGCAUGCCUUAUUUUGCUGCCCAAAGUUGAUCAGCCAAACAUUGCUGAAAACAUUAUGUUGGCUCAAGAAAUCACUACUGGGAUCAAGAAACCUAAAGAAGGAGACAAUGUGAUUAUCAAGCUUGAUAUGACCAAAGCAUAUGAUAGAGUUUCCUGGUCCUACACUUGCUUAGUUCUGAGGAAAAUGGGUUUUGGAGAAGUAUUCAUUGACAUGGUGUGGAGAAUAAUGAGUAACAACUGCAGCAAACAUUCUAUUCAGCUGAUCAUGGACACUUUGACUGAGUAUGAAGGUACUUCUGAUCAACUUAUCAACAAAAAUAAGAGUCAUUUCAUGGUACCUGCAAACACUCCUCAAGACAUCAUCCAGCAAAUCAAGGAGGGUACUGGUUUCACUCAAAAGGACAGCCCUAUUUCCUAUCUAGGGUGUCCUCUAUAUAUCGGGAGACAGAGAAUUAUCUACUACUCUCAAUUGGUGGAUAAAGUGAUUAGAAGAAUAAGUGGUUGUCAAUCCAGACUCCUCAGGGUUGGUGGUAGGGAGAAUGACAGAAGGAAAUACCAUUGGGCUUCCUGGGAAUCACUGAGUCUUCCUUAUGAGGAAGGUGGUAUUGGUGUGAGGAGGCUGACUGACAUCUGCACUUCCUUGCAAUGCAAACAUUGGUGGCUUCUCAGAACCACUGAUUUUCUGUGGGGAUAA